AUGAAAAGUGACAAAAAAGAAGAUAGAACAAACAAGAUGAUAAAAUCCAUUUUGUUUUGUCUGCAGCUAACACAAUAUGUUACAGCGAAUAAGGAGAAAAACUUUGUGCGUGGUCCUAACCAUCUAAAAUCAGCUUGGCCACAAGACGAGAUCGUUUUUGGUUUAAACCUGCCAUGGGUGUUCGGUGAAGAGAAAAUUGGCAAGAUCGGAAAAAGUGGCUUUAAUUACCCUCAAUAUUUUGCAUCAGCAGCUGAUGUAGCCGUUGAAGAUAUAAACAACAAUAGGCGGUUGCUACCCAAAAACAAAUUGAAAUAUCUUUGGAGGGAAAGAAUUACGGAUACUCAAUGUGAUGAAAUGCAGGCUAUCAGAGGACAAAUUGAACAAAUCAGGAUGGGGGUACAUGCUUUUAUUGGUUUUGUGUGUAAUUUUGAAUCGGUGACAAAGAAUGCUGCUGCAAUCAACCUCCCGAUGAUAUCAAUGGAUUACAAUGCUAUGACAAAGGAAGAGUCGGCAACACUUGCAACCGUCUCGCCAUUGGGCACAGGCGUGGUCUCGAUGAUAAUAUCGCUGUUACGAAAGUUUCAUUGGAAAAAAAUCGCAGUGGUUUAUGAAGAAAAUAAAAUAUGGGAACCAGUUUAUAAGACUUUAAAAAGACAAAUUUCUGAUUCUGAUGAAUUUAAAAUCACACUAAAAACUAAGUAUGACAUUCGGGACACAUACAGAUAUAAAGACGAGAAUCUUGAUCACAUCUUUAUGCCAUUUCUAAAAGAACUUCCGUCAAAGGCAAGAGUUGUACUGUUGCUGUGCGAGAAAGGUUACCUUCGCCAGUUUAUGCUUCACGUUGCAAAACAAGGAUUGGACAACGGAGAUUACGUCUAUAUUGCGAUUCAUCCGUUCGUGUCGAGUCCUUCGCUUCUAAGAAAUGUAAAGAUAUCCAAACUUGUUUGGUCCCUUCCAUGGAGAGGAACAUCACAAAAUGGUGGACCAUCUGAAAAGUUGUUGUUAGCUCAGGCGUACCAAUCUCUUUUCGUGAUCCAACCGCAGAUUCAUUGGUUGACGAAAGAACAAGAAAAGAAAUACAACAGAUUUAAACAACAAGUGAAAGAUAGAAUGUCAAAACCACCAUUUCAAAAUAACCUCUAUUUGGGGCUCAGCAAAAGAGUAAAACCACCAGUGCAAGCGGAGAGAUUAUACAAUGCAAUAAUGAUGUACGCACUUGCUAUGAACAAAACAAUAGAAAAUUAUGACAGCAUUACAAAUGGAACUGCAAUCAUUGAAAAUAUGAAAGGGAUGAAAUUUACAGGUAUCGAUGGAUCUCCACUUUUUGUUAAUCCGGAUGGAGAGCUCCAACCACCUUAUAAUGUACUGCAGUUCCAGUUCAAAAAGAAGAGUAUGAAAAAUCUUGCCGAAAAGAAAAAUAUCAACAAUUUCUCUUUUUCACCAACGCCAAUUUAUAAGAUGACACCCAUUUGUCAUGGAGUUUCUUGCUCAAGUGUAACAUACAAGAUGGAAAGUAUCAAGGGCGCUCGUGAAAGAUGGCAGUUAGGAUCCUUACCACUCGAUACACCUAAAUGUGGAUUUUUUAAUAAAAAAUGCUAGGAUAUGUAGACAUGUUUGACCUUCUUUCGACACUCGCACACAAGGUUAAAACUGCAGACGCAAAAUCGUCUUGAGCCCCACUGCAAUAAAAGAUUACAGCAGCUAUCAUACUGAUUGCCUGUAUUUUCGUUAUAUUCGGUAUACAUUCUUCUAAAACGUCAACGUUGAUCCCAGGGCUUGCAGCGUCUUUUGAUAUGAGACGCUGUUUAAAGAUAAAAAAAUGAGAUAAGCCCUAGGGGACGUGAUUAAAAUAUUGAAAUCAUGAAACCAACGCCAAUGUCCACCAAUUUAACACAAGAAAAUCAAAAUUAUUACAUCCUCUUCUCUGAGACUUUUCGUUGUCUGAGAUUGUCGGAAAGAGAAAAAAGACCCUGGUGACGAGGUUCAGGAAACCUUGAAGUUUCGAUUUCUAUUAUUAUUUGAUUUUAUUCGUUAUUAUCAUAUGUUUGGAUAUUUUCUAGAAUUUUGAUUAGCUAAUCUACACGAAAUAUAUGCUAUAUUUUCAAUUUCUA